AUGUCUGGACGCGGCAAGGGAGGAAAAGGUCUUGGAAAGGGUGGCGCCAAGCGUCAUCGUAAAGUCUUGCGUGACAACAUCCAGGGUAUCACCAAGCCCGCCAUCCGUCGUUUGGCACGUCGUGGUGGGGUCAAACGUAUUUCUGGUUUGAUCUACGAAGAGACCCGUGGUGUCCUCAAGGUUUUCCUUGAGAACGUCAUCCGUGACGCUGUUACCUACACCGAGCACGCCAAGAGGAAGACCGUCACCGCCAUGGACGUCGUCUACGCUCUCAAGAGACAAGGACGCCGCAGAAGCACCGGAAUCCACCCGCAGUCCGGGCGCUCCGCAAUGGCUCGUACUAAGCAGACCGCUCGUAAAUCCACCGGAGGAAAGGCUCCGCGUAAGCAGCUCGCCACCAAGGCUGCCCGCAAGUCCGCCCCGGCCACCGGUGGUGUCAAGAAACCCCAUCGUUACAGGCCCGGUACCGUCGCUCUUCGUGAGAUCCGUCGUUACCAGAAGUCGACUGAGCUCCUGAUCCGCAAGUUGCCUUUCCAGCGACUUGUUCGUGAGAUCGCUCAGGACUUCAAGACCGAUCUCCGUUUCCAGAGCUCAGCCGUCAUGGCUCUUCAGGAGGCCUCUGAGGCUUACCUCGUCGGUCUCUUCGAAGACACCAACUUUGCUGUCCAGGUAAUCAUGUCUGGACGCGGCAAGGGAGGAAAAGGUCUUGGAAAGGGUGGCGCCAAGCGUCAUCGCAAAGUCUUGCGUGACAACAUCCAGGGUAUCACCAAGCCCGCCAUCCGUCGUUUGGCACGUCGUGGUGGAGUCAAACGUAUUUCUGGUUUGAUCUACGAAGAGACUCGUGGUGUCCUCAAGGUUUUCCUUGAGAACGUCAUCCGUGACGCUGUCACCUACACCGAGCACGCCAAGAGGAAGACCGUCACCGCCAUGGACGUCGUCUACGCUCUCAAGAGACAAGGACGUACCCUCUACGGUUUCGGAGGUUAA